AUGUACACAAUAGACUGUGUACAGGAGGAAAAGUACGUCCGGAGGGUGGGAGAUUUGUGCGGGGAGUACUAUGUGCCCUUCGCACUGCCAGGAAGGUACAAAUGCAAUGUGGAAGACAUAGAAAAUGUGCUGCACAUGUGGAUGAGCAAAAGUAGUAAAAUAAAAGAUAAGGAAGGAAAGGAUGAUGAGAGCGGACUAUUGCUAUUCGGAUCCAUAUUUAGAGAAACCAGUUUUUCUUUAAUUUUGUCCAAGUCAAGAUAUGAACAGAAUAUGUGUACGUGGAAAAUAUUAUGGUGUGCAUGGAAGUACGUAUUUAAACAAACAUUUGAAAAAAAUGACAAUAAAUAUAUGCACAGGUACGAAGCAGAAAUUAUUCGGUUUCAAGCUGGUUGUAUUUAUCUCCUAUUUUUGCUAUACUUUAGUCAACACGUUGAAGAAAAUAAUUUCCCCUGCCCCUUGUACAUGUCGCCAUGCAUAAUGAAUCUAUGUUUGGACGUGACAGAAGAGUGCGAAAGAAUUUGUGUAUACAAUGACUUGAGGAAUAUUUUAAAUUUCAUGAUGGACACCAAUUCGAUCAUCCUAAGUUGUAAUGACGGCUUGGACGGGGAUUACCAGGACAGGUAUGGCUCCCCUCUCUACGUUGACAAAGGCAAAUUGGGGGUGGAAAAUAGCACAGAAAUUAAUGACGAGGAGAUGAAAGAUCUGUGUGAAUUGUGUGACAAGCAGAGGAGGAAAAGCACCCUGAGCAACACGUCUGCGCAUAACCUGCGUGCCAAGUUUGAGUUCAUAAGGCGGGCGCUCAUGGAGGACGACUUCGUGUAG